CGUCUCCCCGCGCGCGCUCCUCCGGCGGCGCCAUCUUGUGCGGAGCGGCGGCCGCAGAAUGGAGAACUACAAGAAGACCAAGAUCGUGGAGAAGCCGUGUCCUCUUCCUUUCACCGACCUGCCCCCCGAUAUUAUUGAAAUGAAGGUGAAAGACGGGAGCAAAAUCAGAAACCUGAUGGGCUACGCCAUCAGCAAGAUGGAGCUGGACUCGGUCAGGCAGAUCCUCUUCACGGGCUCGGGCAAGGCUGUCAGCAAGACCAUCACCUGCGUGGAGAUCAUGAAGCGAAAGCUCAGGGAGCUACACCAGAUCACCAAAGUGCUCUUCAAACAGAUCGAGGAGAUCUGGGAGCCCAUCGUGCCCGAGGCCGGCCUCGACACCUUGACGGUGAAGAGGAACAUUCCGGCCAUAUGCAUCUUGCUCAGCAAGGAUGCCCUCGAUCCGCAGGAGCCGGGAUAUCAGGCCCCGGGCUCCUUCGAAGCCUUCUGGAUUGAGACGCUCAAAGAGGAGGCCCAGGGCCAGGUGAAGAGGAAGCAGGGGGGAGCAAGGGCGGCUGGCAACCCAGGAAAGCACCCGCGGUCUGCAGGAGGGCAGGAGGAGCCCUGCGAAACGUCCUGAGACACAGACACGUUUGGGUGUCGCUUGGGGGAUUUAAGGGAAAGAAAAGCCCAGCGGCUGUAGCUGGGCAGCCGCUGAACACGGGGGCUGCAGAGCUGUUGGGCAGGGAGGAGAAGUCGCCGUUUCCAAACAGACCUGACUGUAGCUGCCGGAAAUUUGACAAUUUCCGUGUGAAAAGCAGCCAGGCCCUGCUGCGGAGCGCAGGGAUGAGGGGGAAAGCGGGAACCGAGUGUGGACGGAAGGUGCCUUAUGAGGAGCCCCGGGGCCUGGGAGACUCUCGCUGAGGUGCACAUGGCCACUGUGACCCAGCGGGGAUUCCUGGCCACUUCCUGCAUCGCCGGAGCUCCCGCGGUGCUGGGCCGGGCCCGCUCCUUAUCCGUGCCUGAAAGUCGGUCUGCUGCGGCCGUUGCACCUCUGUGUCCUCCUUCCACCUCCCCUGGAGGUGGCAGAUCAGGCCCUCCCUGCCAAGGUGUCGCGCAGUGCCCAGUGCAGUAACGAGCCUGAAAUCCCAAAGCCAAAAUCCCAAAUCCCCAGUGGUGGUGGUGUCGGGCUCCAGAGCACACUGUCCCCCAUC